AUGACGUCCAAAAGACUAUCAGUGAAAAGUGAAGAGUGUAAAGGUGGUAAGCUUUCCAAAGAACGUUUAACAGUAGUUUUAUGUCCUAACAUGGAAGGAGAAUUUGAAAAACCUCUAGUUAUAGGCAAAGCACAAAAACCCAGAUGCUUCAAAAAUGUAGAUCCGACAAAAUUUCCCAUAAUUUGUCGAGCUAAUAAUAAAGCAUGGAAGAUUGCGUGGCUUCCAGCUAACACGACAUCACUUACCCAACCAAUGGACCAAGGAAUUAUUUAUUCGAUUAAAGUAAAUUAUCGUAAAAUGGUUUUACAAUCGUUAUUAGCAAGUAUGGAUAGCAUAAAAAGUGUUAAUGAAUUGUCAAAUAAAAUUAAUAUACUAGAUGCAAUUUAUUGGUUGAAUAAAUCUGUAAACUUAAUAAAACCAGAUACAGUCAAAAAAUGUUUCAUAAAAGCCGGGUUUAAUUUAGUUUUGGACCAGCCAACAGAAUAUGCCAUUAACGAUAACGAUAACGAUCUUAAAUUGCUAUGUUCUACAAUAAAUGAAAAAGUAGAUAGUGAUGAAUAUGUUAACAUCGAUAAGCAUUUAUGUACUAAUGAUACUGAUAUUAUUACUGAUACUACAGUGAAACCUUGCACUUCAAUUUCAAUAGACGUUGAACAAUCCAGUUCCGAAGACGAAACAGUUAGGCAAUGA